UGAACACCUCCGUGUACCGGGCCAACAGCGGAGCGACGUGAGGAGGAAUCCAACCUACUUGGGCUUCGUUUAUCUCAAACCUAAAGCAGUGAGGGCGACAGGAGCCUGCGUGGGGACAAGUUGGUUACACAGUGGUUGCUUUAAAACAGCCUUUCAUACCGUCUAGAUGAAGAAUGCAGCACAUGUUAGAUCUUAACUUGGUGUCAGCAAGUGUACCUGGUAAAUGGAAGUUAUUCAUUCGGCGGAGGAGUUGGACUAUUUUCUCUGACCAGGCAGAGUUAGCCAUUUUGCAGUAUGUCAACAAAACGAUUCUCAAACACCACGACGGUUAUUAUGUUUGAGUCACGCACUGAAUACAACCACACAGCUGAAUAACAACAAAGAUACUCUAUACUAAACCGUCUCUGAUAAUAAUAAUAACAAACGAGCUGUAUGCCAUAUUUUCCUCACAGCGGCCACACUAAUGCGCAUGUCUGUAUUCUUCUUCGUGGCUGACCACCAAACUGCUGCCGGAAUUAUCCAAAUAAGAAGACGACGAAGAAGAAGAAUAAAAGAGUAACCAUCAUCCAGUCCUUUUUAUAUAUGUCAAUGAUCCAGUAUAGUGCAGAUGAAAUUAAAUGUAUAGCGUGUGUGGUCCCCAAAACAUUUAGUAGGUGGGCGGCUGUAUUUUAUUUGAACUAUGAGCGAGACACCUGCCAGCUCAAUGGACCUAACGUUAACGAUUAACACUGUACUUUAUUCAUUUUAGCUAGCUAGCUCCGAGUAGAGCUAACGUUAGCUAGCAACCAUCCGGUGGGGCUAACAGUCAACGCUCACAUUCUCAACAAGCCGAGGCAACAUUCACCAACUAACGACCUAAAACCUAAAGCUCCAUCUGUCCUCCAUGGCGUCAUCAGAGGUCAGCAUGCAGGAAAUGGGCGACAUUGUGAUCGUCACCAUCCCAGAAACAGCGGCAGAGGACCUCCCCUCUGUGGUGGAGGAGGACAAAGCAGUGCUGGUGACGACAGAGCUGACUCCUCAACCUGGGGAGGAAAUCCUCACUGUAGCGCCGGUGGAAGAAGCAGAAGCUGAGGCCAGCGGAGCAGACUCGCUGUCGAGGGAAGAGGCUGUCAUUGUGAAGUUAUCUGAGGAGGUGGAUGUGGAAGCUGAUGUCUUCUACCCGAUCACCUGUGGAGACACCCGAGCCACGCUGGUCUGGAAGAAGUUUGUCUGCCCUGGGAUCAAUGUCAAAUGUGUCCAGUAUAAUGAGCAGCUCAUCAGCCCAAAGGAGUUUGUGUGUUUAGCAGGGAAAUCCACUCUGAAGGACUGGAAGAGAGCCAUCCGCCUCAACGGCACCAUGCUCAGGAAGAUCAUGGACUCGGGUGAGCUGGACUUCUACCAACAUUCAAAGGUCUGCUCCAACACGUGCCGCAGCACUAAGAUAGACCUGGUGGGAACCAAAGUGUCCAUCAGCAGCGAUCAGUCUGCCGAACUGGUUCCUGCCACCCCCUCGUCAGCUGAUUUGAACGGAGCAGCGGCCUCGUUUCCCGAGGUGGAGGAAACGUCCGAGUGGGUCACAGCCAUCGGAGAGGACUCUGUGGCGUUCUGGCGUGCGGUGAAGGAGGCUGGACUGCUGGAUGAGGUGGUCGAGGAUUUCCAGAAGGAGCUGCAGGAGGUGCUGAAGGGGUUGCAGGAGAGAGUGUGUGACCCACCCCUUCAGGUCAAAGAUGCUGUUUUGCUCAACAACAUUGUGCAGAACUUUGGGAUGUUGGACCUAGUGAAGAAGGUCCUGGCCAGCCAUAAGAGCCAGAUGGAUCGCCACAGAGAGCAGUACACUCGCAGCCUCGCUGCUCUGGAGCAGCAGUGUGACGAGCACAGGAAGCGAGCCAAAGAGCUGAAGAGCAAAUCGCAGCACCUCAACAACGUCCUGAUGACCCUCACCCCGGUCCCCGCGCCGCCUACGCUCAAGCGCCCGCGGCUGACCCGCGCCGUCUCCGGCCCGGCCUCGGUCAACGCCGCGCCCGCCCAGAUUGCGCUGCCUCUCAGCCAGCUGUCCGGCCUGCCGCUGGGCAAGGUGCUGACGGUGGCUGGAGGGCCGCCCGGCUCGGCCAACCUGGGCGGCUACACCUUCCUGACCUCCGCGCUCUCCGGGUCCGAGCUGGCGUCCGACGGCUCCAACCUGACCGUGCUGUCGGCGGCGGCGGGUCAGGAGGGCGCGCUCGGCAGCUCCCCGGCCUCGGCCUUCGUUAAAGUGGUCGGCCCCCAGUUCCAGCUGGUGACGCUGCCGGCCGGCCUGCAGAGCUUGGCCGUGGCGCAGUGCGGCGUCCAGCAGCAGGUCGGCAGCAUCGGCGUGAUGGAUGCCACCGCGAACGCUGCAGACGAUUCUCAGGAGGAAGGCCAGGCUGUCGCCGACGGCGAUGAUGGCGGUCAGACGGAGCCGGCUAACGAGGGAGACGGGGAGCAGCCGGAGCAGCAGUGAGGCAAACGCCAGCUGUUCUCUCCCCCCCCUCCCACCUCUGUCUCCCAGAUUCAUUAUUUUGGACCCUGGACUUGAAUGUGCAUUCGCUCUGAUGGCUGAAGGUUUGUCCACAUUUUGACUUUUAGGAGCGUUUUCACACCUGUAGUUUUUUUUUUUUUCUCUGUUUCGAGUCGGUUGAUGAGUUUGUAAAGUUGGAGCGUUUUCCCGUCUUCGGUUCGGUUGCGUUUCCCACGGAGAAAAAUCCAAGCAGGUGAAAACGUACAGUACAGGCCAAAAGUUUGGACACACCUUCUCAUUCAAUGUGUUUCUUUAUUUUCAUGACUAUUUAC